AUGACGUCAAAAAUCCUCAGCAGCACCAUCCUGCUAAACAAUGGCCUUAAAAUGCCCCGGCUCCAUCUCGGUGUCUACAUGACCAUGGGAGAUGAGUGCGUACAAGCGGUAACGCACGCGCUCGAGGCUGGCUACCGGGCGUUCGACUCGGCGGAGUGGUAUGAGAAUGAGCGGGAGGUCGGCCAGGGGAUUAGCUCCUAUGUGGCUGCGCAGAAGGGAUUGACGAGGGAGGAUGUGUGGUUUACGACGAAGUUGAUGAGUAAUGUGGGGUAUGAGGAGACGAGGAGGAAGAUUAGGGAGAGUGCGAAGGAGAGCGGGUUGGGGUAUUUGGAUUUGUAUUUGCUGCAUAGUCCGUAUGGCGGGAAGGAGAUCAGGUUGGAGUGUUGGAGGGCCGUGGCGGAUGCGGCGAAGGAGGGCGAGAUCAGAGCUGGUGGGGUUAGUAAUUUUGGGGUUAGACAUCUCCAAGAACUCCUCGACUCAAAACCCAAACUCAUCCCAGCGGUCAACCAAAUCGAGGUGCAUCCGUUCAACACAAGAACAGACAUCGUUCAGUUCUGCAAGCAGCACGGCAUCGUGAUCGAGGCGUACGCGCCGCUGGCUCGAACAUUGCGUAUGAGCCACCCGACCAUUGUCCAGCUGUCCAAGAAAUAUAGCUGUACCUGGGCGCAGCUGAUGGUGAAAUGGAGCUUGCAGCAUGGAUAUGUGCCGUUGCCCAAGAGCGUGAAUAAGGAGCGGAUGGUGAGCAAUGCGGCUGUGGAUGGGUUAGAGAUUGACGCGGAGGAUAUGAAAACUUUGGAUGGCCUGGACGAGGUGCUGGUCACGGAUUGGGAUCCCACUGAUGCGGAUUAG